UCAUUUGAAGUAUCACAUGUGUCAAGUUCAAAUAUUCUUUGUUUUUCUAAUUGUUAUUUAAUUUUAUUCUUAUUUAAUUGUUUAAAAUUAUGGAUAAUUUUGUAGAAAGAUGGAAUUCCAAUGAAAAAGUGAUCAAUCAAAUUAUUAAAUCUCUUGCAGUUUGUAAAGACGAUGACAGUGAAGAGUCUGAGAAUAUAACAAAAGCUGCUGCAAUAAAAAUCAAAAAGCAUAAAGAAAAAUUGUUGUUGAAUAAAAAAAAGUCAAAAGAGAAGAAAAUUAAAGCUAAACCAAGUCCGGUUGUUGUCGCCGAUGGAGCUUUGAUUUUUUCCAAAUUUGAUCUUGUUCAACAACAGCAGCAACAAGAUGGUAAAAAGCGACAAUCUAAAGAUGAGAAAUUGAAGAAAAGGUUCAAAAUGUUGAAAAAACAAGGGGAACGACUAUCCAAACUUGUAGAAUCCGGAGAAACUGAUGUAGCUGAUAAAAUAAGAAAUGAAAGCGCUUGGAGAAACGCUCUGGAAAAGGCCGAAGGUAAUAAAGUUUUCGAUGACCCAAAGAGACUACAAGCUUCAUUAAAGAAACACAAGAAGACGAAAAUAAAACACGCCAAGGAAUGGGCUCACCGGAAGAAAGAAGUGGAAAAGGAUAAACGGAAAAGACAAGAGAAACGGGAAAGAAACAUCAACAAAAAGAUUCUUUCAAAAAAGAAGAAUAAAAAAUCAAAGAAAUAAUUGAAACAAAUUAAUCAACUUUGGUGAAUUUAAUUUAGUUUUAUUUUAUUUUUGAUUAUUAUUACAAUUUACAAACUGCAAAA